GAUGAUUUUGAAAUGACUCAGAGAGCGGUUACGUUUUUUAUUUAGUAACUGUGUGUGAAUUUUGCGCUUUCUCCUUCCAAGGAUUAUAAACGUCAUUACUCCCACCUACCCAGCAAGUUAAGUCAAACCGCCUGACAAAAACACGAGUUUUUGCCAUAGAUGAUUUGGACGCUCCUUAUAAAAAGGUGUGCGUAUCAACAAACAAUUUAAACCCAUGAAACACCGAUUUCAUGGACAAUGUGGCCAAGUUGGUUUCCACUGUUUGACUAAUUUACUCUGCAGUUUGAAUCCGACAUUAGACUAUAUAUGUAUGUGAAAAUAUGAAUAACCAAUUAGAAGUAUGAGUGUUAAUUGUUUUUUCGAUUAUUUUUCAUAAAUGCCCACGACUAACACACGUAGAUGAUGUUAUUUUCAUGAAUUAAGGAAGGCACAAACUACAAGCGCGUCAUUUAACCGUAUUGACGGUGAUCGAGAGCGCGCAUGACUCUGUUAGUGAAGGCUGCGAUGGCGCUACCUUGGCUGUUUGUGGUGGAGCUCGGGCUGUACGCGGGAUGUUUUAUCUGCGGAAUCACUACUGCAGCAUCGGUAACAAUAGCUCAGGGGCAGUUUGCUGGGAAGUGCAUUCUGUAUGGCACCGUCAAUUACAACGCAACAAGCCAGACUCUCUCCAUGGUGAACUCCAGCUCCCCCUCCCUCUGCCACUUUGUGACGAUCAUCUCGGUGUGCGUGGCUGUGUACUGCUUCUCCCUCACCCUUUACUGGGUCUACGCCAGCUGUGUGGACCAAGAUGUCAGAAGGGGGCGACUUUGGAUGAGCAUAACUCUUGUGGUUUGUGGGGUCUUCUUAUUCUUCCUGUUGGUGACUGGAUGUAUCCUAAGGAUUGGUAGAAACCGCCUCUGUGAGUCUAUAGUCCGCCCACCAGCCAUAACCAGUUGUGAAGAGGCCCAGAACAAGCCUUGGUCCGCCCCAUACGUUGGGACACAAUUCUUCACCAGCCUGCACAGUGCAGAGACGUCAGUGUGGGUGAACUUCUUCUUCUGGCUGCUGAUCGCCGGGGCAGUGGUUAUGCAGAGGUGUCAGGGGUCAGAGUUCACGGCGAGGGGAGAGGACACCGGCGGGGGCCCCUCCGAGACAGAGCCCUUCUUCCGCAGCCCUGCCGGGCCCCAGUGACCCGCUGUGCCCCCAGGUUCGCCUGACUUGUCCCCGGUCCUGUGAUGUAACCACACCUGCGCACCCUGACAAAGUCCUUGAGCCUGCUUCAGAAGCUGGCUGGGAGCCCAGCUCUUUAAACAUAUCUGGCUUUACAAGUUAACGAGCCAGGCUCCUUUCCUUGAUGACUAAUUUCUCACUUGUCUAUCACGAGUCAGGCUCAUUCCCUUGGCGAAUAGUUCCUUGUUGUCUGACCUGUUUCUAAACCAGUUAACUCAAACUUCUGUGAACUGCAAAACAAGGCAUUGCACACUGUUUCUCUGAUUGGAUGUUUGAGGAACUGUUUUUUCACAAAACAGCUCCUGCUCAUUUCAUAAAUGAAACGGUUUAUUUACUUUAUAACAUCAGAGCAAAAAAUGUAAUUGGAAAAAGUAAUAUUUUGGGCAUGGCCAUGGUUUGUAAAAAGGUAUCCAUCACAUAAUGCACUAUGUGACUGAUAUUAAACUUAGUCUUUUGUGAUAAAAAAUAUCUCAGAAAACUGACAGUAGACACACAGUAAAAAUAUUAAGCAUGUGAGGAAGUGAACUAUACUUAGUAGACACAGUAGAUUUUAUGGAAGAGGCAACAUAACAUUUUAUUUUAUUUUUUUAAUUUUUUUAAAUUGUUAUUCCAUUUUCAAUGGGUGAAAAUAUAACUAAGCUAUGUUAUAUUCUGAUAAAUGUGAAGUAUUUGGGAACAUCUGAAAUAUUUGCCCCUUUUUGACUGUGCUCUUUCAGCUGAGGAUGGGUCAUUUCACCCCUGCUGAAGGGGAGGUCCUGAAGUCCUGCAAGUCUUGCGGUUAAAUUAGACUUGGAUCCCUACUCGUGAGCUCAAUAACCAAACUACUCCAAUUGAUUUUAGUCAAGGUUCUGAGCCAAAUUUAAACAUGUCCCACAAUCUUCAGCUCUGGACUACAUUCCCUAUCAGGACGGUUUCCAUGUGAAAGAUUGGGCAAUGUUUUGUUCGUUGAAUUCGCCUCAGGUGUGAGUUGACUUCCUGUAUAAGUAAAUGCCAUUGCUCAAACAAACGUAAGACCUGCGUUAAAGCGAAACCCAGCAGGCUCUGUAACCUCUGGGGCUGGAAAUGCUUAAUGCUUUUCCCUUUUCUACACUUAAGGCUGCUUUUGUGAAAUAGGCCUCCAGUUAUCAAAUGCAGAAGUAUGCGUUUUAUUAUAGUCUCACGAAAUGGCUGUUGCAGUCCCUGCAGGCUUUUGCAUACUACGCUGGUAAGUGGUAAAUGUAACAGCUGAGUCAAAUUAGCACUUUGGAUAUCUGACUGAGGACAGAUACUUUUGGAUACAAUGCACACUCCAGCUUGUCCAAGGGCUGUAAGUGGAGCAAAAGAGUGAUCCACAGUUCAAAGUUCUCACACUCACUAAACUUCUCUUUUCUUUUUUGACACGUGAGCAUUUCAUCUUGGAAUGUUUAAAAAAAAGAAAAAUUAAACCAUGUCCAAGAAAGGAGUAUUUCAUAGUAUAUCCAUACUUAUCUGGCAGUUACUUGCAUCAUCUUUCUCUGGCUGCAGGAAAGGUUGUGUUAGUUUAGCAUCUGAAAGUUUUCUGGUGGCUGCUGGCUCUUUGAUAGAAAGGCACUUAGUUUGCUUUAAUCCCUGGAGAUGACUGAACAGCAGAAGCUUUCUUGUGGAUCUUUCCCUUACCUCUCCUUCUUAAAAUGCUCACACAUGCUUACUGUAUGUUAGGGGGUGUGUGUAGGCUAUAUUUAUCCCACUGAUUCAAUUCCUUUUUGUUAACUGAAACUUGUAGUCUAAUUUUUCUAUUUUUUGAAAACAUAAUGGCUUGUGGGGCCUUGCUGCUUUCGGGGAGGUGGUACCUUCAUGUAGUCAUGUUUUUAAUGUUACACGCAUUUUGGAGUUCAUUAUUGGUCACCCCUCAAGGGGUGGCUUCUGUAGGAUGUCGCCACCUGUUGGUUGGUGGGAUGUAUGUUAGGUUUUAUAUACUUAGAGAAGUUCACUGGACUAAACAUGACGAAACAUUUCAAGCUGUGGAUACCUGCAGUAUUUGUUACUUUGGUUUAUUUGAUUACUGCAAUCAGCUGGUGGUUGCAAACAUGCGAGUAGCUUCCAAACAACGUCAGCUUUUAAAAAAAAGUUUUUGGUUUGUAGUAUUUCAGUUCCAUUAUCCCUUCUGCACAUAAAGGGUGUUCCUUUAUAUUCUUAUUAGAUAUUGCAGGGACUUAUUCUCCUUAAAUUUCACAGUUUUCUUUUGAAUUUGAAGUUUUUGUAAUAAAUCAUACCCAUAUUUUCUUCCGGUUUGGAAUGGCCAUUUCCAUGUGUGUUCAUGCUCAUCGCUACAGUCUGUCAAUAAGGAUGAGUACAGACAAGCACAAGCUCACUGCUGUCCUAGCGUCAGCUGGUAAUUCUUUUCACCCCGCAGUCCUCCAGUUAAACUCACACAGACACAUUUAGUUGAGGGACAUGUGCAGACAGGGUGUGGAACUCUGGCUGUCCAGAGGGGGUCACUGUUACACACAUUUUUUGGGGCCUAACCAUUACUUUAAAAACUCAGCACUUUGCAUCAAGUGCACAUGCAUGCCUUCAAUUAACCCCAACUGCUAUUCUUCCUGCCAUACCUAUUACAAAAUCUGUGCCAAGACACUGGUGAAGUGUUUUUGUUUUUUUUGGUGGGUGUCUACCUAUGUGUGAAUGUGUGUAUGUGGGUGUGUGUGUGUCCAUCUUUACAUUUUAUAGCAAACUGUAUUUGACAUUUCUGGUGUAAAUAUAUGUCAAUAAAGAUCUCUUUCUGGGAAUUUCCAGCAUCUGAGAGUGAUGUUAGCUAGGUUGAGCUGGCCUAUCAGGAUUGAAAUGUUUUGGUUCUGAUAUUUAUUUGACAGUGAUUAAGUGCAGUUGUCACUGUUUUCUUUGUAAUGUGAAAUCAUAACUACAUAAUGAGGAGGAUAAAUAUUUUAGAGGUAUUACACCGUCCCUGUGGUUUAUCUCUGUUUAUGUGGUUUGAAAUGGACGCGUUGAAUGGGAUAUGAUUUAUGAAGCCUCAGCUUUAUGUUAUUGGUUGGAUUGUGGUUAGAAUGGCUUCUGGCAAUAAACAGGACCUUGAUGGUUCAAACCCAACUGCAGUUUUCUCUCAUCCAUAUUCAUGAUGACAUACAACUAUGAUCCAGAAAGUAAAAUGUACAUUUGAAACACUAUUAGUAUUGUCAAACUAAUGCAUUGCCAUUGUGUCUUGAGGAACAUAACGAUUAAUCUAUCUAUGAAUAAAAUAUCUACCAAUUCCA